AAACCCCAGCCACCACCACCGGAACCGCGCUCCCACGGCAGUAACGACGCAAGCACUAGCAAAAACAAUAACACCAUCAUCAAUGCGAUCAUCCAAGAUGGCGGCGUCAGAGCCACCACAGCAGAAGCAGUGAUUUUACGGAACCGGAACAGCCAAAUCAGCACCGGCAGCGGCAGCGGAGCCGAGGCCCACCGGAAAUUGAACCGCCUGUCGACGUCGUCGUCGCUCUCGAUCAUCACGCCCCCGACUACGCCGAAGCGCCCCGCCGGCGGAUCCCGCGGCAAGAUGGCGUUCAGCCUGUCGCUGGCGCACAACUUUAACCAGAAGCUGGCCAGCCUCAACGACAAGUGGAACGACUUCAGUUUCAUUCUGAAGGGCAGUAACGCGGGUGCGACGGGUGGCCGGAACGAUUCGUACCACUCGAUCGAGUCGGCGGUCACGUGCACGGCGACGGACCUCGAGGCGGGCAACUUUAGCGGCGGCGGCGGUGGAGACGAUCCGGGACAGGGUGGCUCCAGAGGGUUGUGGAACAGUAGCGGCAAACAUCACCAACAUCAUCGGCAUCACCAGAAACCGUACGAGCGACGUCACAAGCAGCGGCGCUCCUCACCACGGCGCAACAGUGCCAGCGGCGACCCGAAAGAGUUCGACAUGCUGGUGCUGCGGGCCCCGGAUGACAACGGCGAGGACAACGAGAGUUUCUAGAGCGAGACGGUGAGAGAUGCGAACAGAAAGAAAAUGGCUUCCAUAUCGAGAGUGUUUUAGGGUGUUUGUUUACAUAUUCGCUUGUGCUCCGCCACCCACUUACCACCCUAGGGGUAUGUCUGGGGGUAUGGGCAACUGUGUACAGUAGAGGCGCUUUUGCUGUGUGCGCGCGGGCGUUGCAUCAUCUGUCAUUCUUUUGAGUGAUGGUCGUCAGAAGAAAACAAGCACAAACGCUAGGCUUACUUGCGAGUUAUUACUACCGCGACAGUGCGGAAUCAAGACAAAAAAACACACACACAUUUAACCAAACCACAUUAGGGCGCGUCGCCAUUAGAAGAGAAGGGCUUUUAUUUCUGCUCGUUUUUCGCUACACUAAGUUAAUGCAUUCUCAUUACGCAUCCAAACUGAUAUUAGGAAACUCACUGAUAAACAAACAUACAAACAAAAAAAAGGGUAUAGGAACUAGAAUCUGCAGUUAUUUAAGUGACACGUGUACAGUAUAGGCUAAGCAACAAACACUAACUACUAGCGGGGAAGAGACAACAAACAAAACUAUCAAAAGAAUCGUAGCAGGCGCGGCAUGUCCUGAAUCGAGAAGUAUUACACGCGCACGUGGUUCGUAGUAGGUCGUGACCACACCUCCUUUAAUGCCACAUUCGCGAGAUUGUCAACGGCGACAGCGCAGUUGGCCAUGGUUCCGUCAUAAUAACGUCCUUUUUCUUAGUAGGUGCGUUUGUGCGCGCGAGAGUGAAAUGCAAUAUAUUCGAGUUUUUUUAAGUAGGUGAAGAAAACAAGAUCUAGAAUUAGUUAAAUUUUUAUAUCGUUACUUUUUAGUUGUUUUCUUUUGUUGUUAUGCACUUUUCGGAUAUAAAUUCAUUAGCUUUGUAUUGCAUUUGCUAUAUUAUACGUAAGUUUGUUUUAAGUAAGUGAUCUUGAAUAAAACAUGCAUUUUUUAAAAGACUUUAAUUGUUUCAUGCUUUUGGACUCUUCCAAGGUUUUAUAUUUCAUUCUACAAGUAGUAAGUCGAAAUGUAUAUUUUUACUAGUUUGAUUUCGCAAAA